ACGGGCAGCCGGGCUCCCGACAGCCUGCACAUAUGACAGCCCGAGCCCCGCAGGCCGGCGCGGCACAGUCGGCGGCGGGCGCUGCCAGGUGAGGCCGCGGCCCGGGCGGAGGUCGGGGCCGCACAGCUGUGGCCGCGCGCCCGGCUCCCUCCUCCCAGCGGCCGCGGCCUCUCCCCUCCCCCCGCCGCUCCCGACGCCGCCGCCGCCGCCGCCGCCGCUCCCCUCCGCCUCCCGGUGGCUCGGCGCUCUCCUGCCAUCGCUCUCGCCCCCUCUCCCUCCGUCCCGUCCUCUCCGCUCCCCUCUGCCCGCCUCUCUCCCCCUCCCCCAGCCCCUCCUCUCCUCACCCCACCCGGCCUCCUCCCUCCCUCAGCCCGCCCGCCCGGCGCUCGCAGAGCCGACACCAGGGGGGCUCUCGAUGUAGCACCAUGACAGGCAUCGCCGCCGCCUCCUUCUUCUCCAAUACCUGCCGCUUCGGGGGCUGCGGACUCCACUUCCCCACCCUGGCCGACCUCAUCGAGCACAUCGAGGACAACCACAUCGGAACAAGGAUUUGGGACUUCAGAUUCAAGGGAAGUGUGAUCUUCCCCAUCCUCUUUUUAGCUCCUUACCCUCCUCUGAGAAGGAAGUGUGCCAUGUUCCUGUUUGCCUCUGUGCACUUCACUGCUGGUUCAGUACUGGCCUCCUGUCUCAGUGGACAAGCCAAGCACCCAGCUGAGGCCCUGCCCUGCUCCCGGCCUAAACUUCAUAGAAUUCCCCUGCUUCUCUGUGACUUUGCGAUCACUUCAUUCACAGCCCUGGUGCUGGUUCCCGGAAACAGGAAAAGCCGACCACCCAGCACUUUCCAAGCAACUCGUUCAUGGGAUAAUAUAACAUCUGAAAAGGUAACCUUUUCCUUUUGCCCCUGUGACUUCCCUUCUGUCCCGUUUCUCCUUGGGUUUGAUGACAUUGGCGCUGAGCUAGAGCUAAGGGGAAGUCAGUUUGGGUUUGGUGGGUUGUGCUUCUACAUUCACAGUCUUCUCUGUGCAGUAGAGUUGCCCCUAACCAUUCUCGUGUAGGAGCUGCUUCCCAGGUGCCCCUGCUGCGCUCUGCUACACUCCUCACACAAAGGAGCAGGGGCAGAGGCAGUAUCCUAGCAUGAGCGGGUGCUGUGACAUCUGCCGCUGGGAAUGUGGUUUGAAAUGUGUGGAGCCAGGGGGCCGGCGCUGUGGCACAACAGGUUAACAACCUGGCUUGAAGCACCAGCAUCCCAUAUGGGCGCCGGUUUGAGACCCCGCUGCUCCACUUCCAAUGCAGCUCUCUGCUAUGGCCUGGGAAAGCAAUAGAAGAAGGCCCAAGUCCUUGGGCCCUGCACUUGCAUGGGAGACCUGGAAGAAGCUCCUGGCUCCUGGCUUCGGAUCGGCGCAGCUCCAGCUGUUGCAGCCAUCUGGAGAGUGAACCAACAAAAGGAAGACCUCUCUCUCUAUCUCUACCUUUUUCUGUAACUCUGUCUUUCAAAUAAAUAAAAUAAAUCUUUUAAAAAAAAAAAGAAAUGUGUGGAGUCAAAAGUCUGUGGGAAAUUGGUCUACUUGUUAUGCGUGUAAAGUGCUGGGAAGAAUUGCGUUCUCAAGUGAAUUCUCUUCCUUAGGAAUGUGCUCAACUGUGCAGACACAUCACAAAGGCACCACUUACAAUGUGCAUUCUGAGCCAGCGCUGUUGCUCAGUAGGCUAAUCUUCAGCCUGUGGUGCCGGCACCCCCAGUUCUAGUCCCAGUCGGGGCACCGGAUUCUGUCCCGGUUGCUCCUCUUCCAGUCCAGCUCUCUGCUGUGGCCCGGGAAGGCAAGGGAGGAUGGCCCAAGAGCUUGGGCCCUGCACCCGCAUGGGAGACCAGGAGAGGCACCUGGCUCCUGGCUUCGGAUCAGCGCGGUGCACCAGCUACAGUGGCCAUUGAGGGGUGAACCAAUGGAAAAGGAAGACCUUUCUCUCUGUCUCUCUCUCACACUGUCCACUCUGCCUGUCAAAAAAAAAAAAAAUGCAUUCUGGGUGUAGGAUUCAUGCUUAUUUCACAUGACUUUUCAUGACAGCAAAAAACACUAACAAAUUGGUUAAUGAAUGUCAAUGCAAAGCACAGUUGUCAUUAUCAAUGCACAAAAAUACUUGGAAAAUCCUGAAUUUUUAUGGCUUAUGCGUGAAAGAAAAUUAAAACUAUUUACAAAUUUGGCAACAAUUUUAAAAAUUCAUAUGACAUUGCCAAAAAAAGAGCCAUGAGACCAAAAAUAACUUUCCUGAAUUAGCAGCAAUUAAAACUAAAUUUCAGGAGUGGGCAUUUAGCCCAGCAGGUAAGACACCAGUUAAGACCCCUACAUCUGGGGCUGGCUUUGUGGUGCAGUGGGUUAGGCUACCCCUUGCGAUGCUGGUAUCCCAUAUUGGAGCACUGGUUUGAGUCCUGGCUGCUCUGCUUCUGAUCCAGCUCCCUGCUGGUGCACUUAGAAAAGCAACUGGUAAUAGCCCAAAAACUCAGGUUCCUGCCACCUUCAUGGGAAACCAGAUGGAAUUCAGGGUUCCUGGUUUGUGGACAUUUGGAGAGUGAACCAGCAGCUGGAAGAUAACUCUCUGUCUCUCUCCAUCUUUGUCUCUGUCCCUGUCUGUCUCUCCCUCUCUGUGUCACUCUACCUUUCAACUAAAUAAAUAAAUCUUUAAAACCAAAAACGGGGGGUGGGGGCAGCAUUGUGGUGCAGUGGGUUAAGCCUCUGUCUACAAUGGCUGCUUCCCAAAUAGGCGCCUGUUCAAGUCCUAGCUGCUCCACUUCUGAUCCAGCACCCGGCUGAUGUACCUGGGAAAGCCAUGGAAGAUGGCCCAAGUGCUUGAGUUCCUUCCACCAACAUGGGAGACCUGGAUGAAGCUCCUGGCUGCCAACCUGGUCCAUCUGGCCACUGGGCCAUCUGGGGAGUGAACCAGUAGAAGAUCUCUGUCUCUCUCCUUUUCUCUCUGUGUCUGUCUCUCCCUCUGUCUCUGUAACUCUGCCUUUCGAAUAAAUUAAUCUUUAUUUUUAAAGGAUACCCACAUCUUAUAUUGGAAUGCCCAAGUUUAAUUCCUGACUCCUAAGUUCUGACUUCUAGCUUCCAGCUACUGCAGACUGUGGGAGGCAACAGUGAUGGCAGAAGUAACUGAGCUCCUACCACCCACCUGAGAGACUGGAUUGAGUUCCCAGUUCCUGGCUUCAGCUCUAGCCUAGCCUAGCCUAGCCCAGCCCAGCCACUGCAGAUAUUUGGCAAGUGCACCAGUAAAUGGGAGGUCUCUCUCUUGUUCUCUCUACUUCCCAACUAAAUAAAAAUUUAAAUUCAGUCCCUCAUGCUUAAAGGAAGACUGAUUUAUCUUUUUACCCUAUAGAAAAUGAUAUUAAUAUGCACCCUUGUCAUAUGAGAAUUCAUCAGAGUGUGCAGCCCAAAAGCAGUAUUUACAGCAGUGUGGGAGGCACUCUAUAUUCUGGAUUGUUUUCUUGGAUUUUAAUUUUGUGAUGUAUCUCCAGCUUAUAAAAUUUUGUGUUAUAAUUUUUAGUCUGAGUAAAUAAUCACUUUCAUGAAUACUUUGUGUUUGUAACACUGCAUUCUUUUUUUCCAUAAAGAGGGUAUAGAGCCACAGGCCUCAUCAAACUCGUGUCCCAGUUAGGGAGUCACCACUGUGUGCUGGAGGCGGUGCAAAAACACUUUCUGUACAGUGUUUAAUUUACCUUCGUAGCAAGCUGAUGAGGCAGACACUACCUGCGUCACGUGGAGCUAAGCAUGUGACCGUAGUGGUGAGAUACCAUAGCCUGUAAAAUGUGAACUAGGGAGGGUCUGUUUUGGUAAAAUUAGAAAGCAGAAGCAUUUCCCUGCAAGACAGCCUCUUCAACCUCAAUCAACAUCACUGCUGUGCUUGGCCCUUCCCCAUGGUCCUGGGGCCCUGUACUUGAAGUUCACCAUCUGUGUGCUGUGCCCCCCACCCAGAAACCCAGCUCUUAUCUGGAGGACAGGGUCUCCUCCUGUUCCACUUCCUCAAGAAGUGUUUUCAGAGGUGGAGUGAGGGUUAAAAUUGAGGAGUGCUUUGGGCUUUGAAAAGAAUCAGUUUACUGGGGCAGGCGUUGUGACACAGGGAGCCACUAACGUCACAUCCCAUAUCAGAGUGACUGGUUUGAGAGCUGGCUACUCUGCACCUGCCAUCAAGCUUCCUGCUCAUGCAUCCUGGGAGGCAGCAGCCGAUGGCUCAAUUACCUGGGUUCCUGCCACCUGCAUUGGAGACCUAGGUGGAGUUCUUGGCUCCUGGUUUCAGUGUGGCCCAGCUUUGGCUUUUGUGAGCUUUGGAGAGUAUACCAGUGGAUGGAAGGUGGGUCUCUCUGUCUCCAUGUCUCUCUCCUUCUUUCUCUCACUCUGCCUUUUAAAUAAUAAAUAAAUAAAUAGAUCUUUAAAAAAAGAAUAAUUACCAUAAGGUAACUGUGGGCUAUGAAAAAUUUAUUCCUGAUUUUUGGAGGUGUGUGUAUGUGAGGGAUGUGUAUUGGUGUGUCUGUGAGAGUGAUGUGUACAGUACCAGCUGUGCAAUUAGUCCAGGGUAGUUUAUAUUAAGGAAAUUUGAGGAAGACCUUUUUCAAAAGGAAAUCCAUGUAUUUUUGUACUUGGGAAUAGAACUUACUCCUUUUCUAAAUUGAGGAUAUUAUGAUGCUUAGUUGGAUCAUUUCUUGCUUUACCUACAAUGCAUGGUUAGAAUAUUCCAGGUGGCAGGAGGGCUGGGGUGGGAAAAACUUGAACUCUGGAACCAGACAGAACUGGAGUUUGAAUCCUGGUCCCACUACCUUUUAUCUUUUCCAACACAGACACCUCUGCCAUUUGUGAGCAUGGGAACAGUAACUGUGUAUAGCACCCCUAGCUUGUGGCAUUAGUGUGCAUUGUACAGUAUGAGUCCCAUGUGUUCCUGGAGGAAACCAGGACAGAGCUUGAAGUACACAAACAGUGCUGUGUGUAGCCAGGGUUUACACUUAAUGGUUGGGGCUGGGCUGGGCUGAAGCUGGAAACUGGGAACUCAUUCCAGGUCCCCUAUGUGGGUGGCAGAGACCCAAGUACUGGAGCCAUCACCUGUUGCCUCCCCGGGAUUGCAUGAGCAGGAAGACUGGAAUCCAGAGCAGAGCCAAGACUCUCAAACCCACGCACUUUGAUAUGGAAUCCCAAGCAGCAUCUUAACCACUAGGCCACUUGCUGAGCCCAGAGAUGGGGUUUUGAAGACUCUUAGUGAACCCAAGCUAAGUACGUAGUUUGGGAAGCCUGCACCCCAGGAAUUCCGGGUUAACUUGGUCUAGGCUUCUCCCUUUCCUCCUGGAGCUCCUUUCUAUUUAGGAAUCAGACCGGCUGUUGGAUUGUGGACUCAGACUCUUAGCAAGUGUCACACAGGCGUGUCCCAGCCCCCACAUAACCUAUAGAUAACUAGAUUUCAGAGAUAUGCUCAGGGCAUCGUUUCAUGGGAUCUUUUGACACCAGACAUCUGGAGUUUGGCACCAGCUCAGCUGAGUGGUUGAGACGUGUGAUUUAAACUCUUGUGUACCGGUGUUCUCCCUGGGUUAGAAACUCCCUGUUACAUGUCUGCCUCCCAUCCGCGCUUCCAGGGGCCCACUGUGAAAAUACACAGACAUCAGACAAACACUUUGCUCCAGCAAUGCUGAGUUACAAACACACUUUGCUUCAGAUGUUAGAAUGAAAGAAACUCAUUUUGUCAAUUCCUAGAAAGAUGAAGGCUUCUUAGGUGUUACCUGGCA